AUGGAUGAGUAUAUCUCCGGUCCUCCAACAGAUGCCAAGGCGCUAACUCCUGAAGUUACGUCCUUGGCUCAAUCAUCGAGGUCUAUCAGCCAAGCAGCUCCGACCCUACCUGCAAUAUCAACAUAUCUCAGUCCAACCUCAUCUACUCCAGGCAGAGCACAGCACGAACAUGCUGGUCGCGGUCUUUCAGAUGCAGUUCCUUCCGUACGGACAACGGGUUCGUUCGAUACGUCUUCAAGGCCGGCGAACCCUGAUGCAGAGAGAAGACUUCAAGACAUCAGCGAUCAACUACGACUCUUAAAGCAGCAGAUAUGUCAACAGUCACCAGCAGACCCGACCAAGGGAGCCAGGGCGGCUGACAGUUUUCAGUUUAAUGCAAUGCGCACUGCCAGCGUGGACGUAGAUACCCACGACCAUUCUUCACUCAACAGCGAUCUGCUAAGUUUCGAAAUACAGGAGUUGGUCAGGAAAAGCAAAGCCCUGGCAAGGAGACUGAAGAUGCAGGGCGUCAACCCUCUCCUGUCCGUUCAGGAGGCUCAAAAGACCAUCCCUCCGAGAGAAAUGGCCGACGCCUUGGUCAGUCACUACAUCAGAAUCAUGGAAGGCCCGUUCAGGAUCCUGCAUAUUCCGUCGUUCUGGAAGGAGUACUGUCAGUAUUGGUCGAAUCCCCAUGCUGCUCACACCACGUUCGUGGUCAACUUGAUGCUUGUGAUGUCCAUCGGUGCCCGCUUUUACCGGGAUGCGCCGGACGAAAUCCAUCUUCGCUCUUUGGCGUGUCAAUGGAUCUAUACCGCCCAGGCGUGGGUGUCAGCUCCCCUGCAAAAGAGAGACAGACUCACGGUGGCCGGACUGCAGACCCAAUGUCUGUUAGUGCUUGCCCGACAGGUCAAUGCUGCUGGUGGGAAUCUGGUCUGGAUAGCUGCUGGCACCCUCCUGCGAACGGCAGUUUUCUUGGGCUUGCAUCGUGCCCCCCAGUACUUCGCCCGGAUGUCUCCCUUGCAAGCCGAGAUUCGGAGACGACUUUGGAGUACAGUAUUUGAACUGAACCUCCAGUCAGCGCUCGACUCAGGAAUGCCCCCCAUGAUUUCGAUGGAAGACUUUGACACAUUGCCGCCGACGAAUGUUGACGAUGACCAGAUUGACGACACCACGAGCACAUCGCAGUCGAUUACAGCCUGCCAGACGUGGACACAGACGUCCUUACAGAUCAUCCUCAGACAGUCGUUACGCACCCGGUUGGAGGUGGUCCGGAGGGUGAAUCACUUCUUUUCUGAAGAAUCCUACGACGAGAUUCUCCGCUUAAGCACCCAGAUGUUCAAUGCCUUGCGGGACAGCAAGCAACUUCUGCAAACCUACCCUCCGUCGUCGACCGACCAGACUGCAACGACGUUUCACAGCAACCUGUUGGAUCAUUUGCUGCGGCGCUUCCUUUUGGCUCUCCAUCGUCCCUAUGCGGCCAAGGCACGUCACGACGCGAGAUAUUACUAUUCCCGCAAAGUAUGCCUCGAUAACUCCAUGGUCGUGCAUUCUCCGGAACGGGACGAGGAUUUCUUUCGACUGCUUGUAGUUGGGCGUGGUCUGUUCCGAGAGACCAUCCAGCAUGCCGCAAUCACCCUGUGCAUCGAGGUCGUUACACAGCUGGAAGAGGACGCAUUGGAUCCGACAACCCUCCAGAGAAACAGGGUCAACAGAGAGCGGAUUGUGGAACGGGUGAAGACGAUUCUUCCACUGGUCGAAGAAAGGCUGAAGGCCGGUGAAACCAAUAUCAAAGGUUAUGUCUUCACUAGCAUGGCGCUGGCGCAAAUCGAAGCAAUGGAGGCCGGGCUCGAGCCACGACCGCUGGUUCUGGAAGCGGGGAAGAGCAGUGCCUCCCACUGCUUGGAGAUCCUAAAAGCCAAUAUUAGGAGUACUCAGAGCGAAGGCGGUCACCCUGAAGAUGGUCCGAGUCAAGGGAGUCUUGAGCAGGAGAACGUCAACUGA